AUGCCUGAGAACAGCAAGAGUACUUCUGUCCAGCUUUGGCCUUGGCAGAAACGAGCUCUCGAGAAUGGACAUACCGAGAUAUCUGUCGCUCCCUUAACAGCUCUAACAAAUGUUGCCAUACCGAACCAGCGCUGGUGGACGGAGAGUGAGAUGAGACGUCUCAUUCAGCUAAGAAACAGCGGGAAAUCCUGGGCCGCUAUCACUGCACAAUUCCCAGGACGGACUCUUCAAGGAGUCAAGCAGACAUACCGCAAGCGUCGGUUUGCUACUGAGCUACAAAUGAAGAAAGAGGCAUUAGCGGCCAGUCCUGCUGAUCCUUCUCAUAUUGCAGAUAACGCUGAAGAAGACAAUCAGUGA